AACACUUGCACUGAGCCUGCUGCCUUUGGUGUUUCUUCUGCCUGCCUCUCUGCUUCCCUUGCUACUUCUGCUGCUUCUGCUGUCUUUGCUGCCCCUGUUUUUUUUCUCACUCUUACAUCAUGAAUAAUCAAGACCCCCUGCAACCGGCCCCUUCUUCUAUAUUGGUUUCUGGUGAUGCUGGUUCCUCUAAUAACACUGCCAAUAUCAACAUCAGCUCUGCUGCCAACAAUAACCUUCCCAAUAAUACCCUCACCAAUCUUGCUAAAAAAAACCCUAACAAUGACACAAACAACUCAGAAUCCACAGAUAUUGAUAUGGUCGGCAUUAAUAAUGGAAAUUUUGCUCAGAAUAAUCUCUAUAUUGAUCUCCAAGACCCUCAGUUUGUUUCUAAAGAUCCUUUAAAGCCUGUGUCCUCUUCAAACAACUCUCCAGUCUUAUCUUCAACGAAUAACCCUACAACAAUAAACGAUCAAAAUUUGGAUUUGUCAAAGACAAAGACAAAUACUAAUACUAACACUAACACUAAUACUAAUAAUAAUAAUAAUAAUAAUAAUAAUAAUAAUAAUAAUAAUAAUAAUAAUGCAAAUAACAACAAUACAGUUAAUAACAUGAAUCUGAUAAAUAAUGGCUUAUCCAAUAUCGAUAUCAAUACUACUCAAAAUCAAAUUCAGAAUCAAAACCAAAAUAAAAUUCAAAAACCAAAUCAAUCUCAAAUUCAAAACAAAUUUCAAAAAAUAAAAUCACAACUACAAUCACAGCAAUUAUUAUCUCAACAGAUUUACCUACGAAACCUGCAACAACCUCAACAAUCCCAACAACCUCAGCAAAUGCCUCUACAACAUCAACAUCAGCAGCUAAAACCUCAAAUUCCACAACAACAACAGUCUCCCAAACAAACUAGUUCAGAUCAGCCCGAACUAACUGUUCCAACAAAAUUUGAAUGGAUUCAAGAAGGUACUGAAGUUAAUGUAUUUGGCUCUUUUACAAGAUGGACAAGAAUGAUCAGAUUAUACAAAGAUCCUUCAAUCGAUGGAUUUUCUGUUUAUAUCAACUUACCUCCCGGCUCCUAUCGUUACAAAUUCUUAGUAGACGGUGAAGUUAAAACUUCAGAUUAUGCCUUAAGCGCAACUGAUCAAUCUGGUCACUUGUUCAAUUUUAUAGAAGUUUUUCCUCCUUCAAAUUUGAAACAAAAACAACACAAUGCAACUGAAUCUUUAAAAUUGGAAAAUGAAAAAAUUAAACAAAUUUUGAAAAAUAAAGAAGAAGAACAAAAACAAAAUUCACAACUAGACUCUUUCAAAAAGGCUAAAUCCCAAGUCUUCUUGGGAGUAGAUGAUGAUGAAGAUGAUAUGGGUGAUGGUUAUUCAAGAUUUCAUGAAAAUGAUCAUGAAGUCGAUGAUAGUGAUAACAAUAACAAUAGCAAUAACAGCACCAGCACCAACAGCACUAACAACAAUAACAACAAUACAAAUACAAACAACACCAAUAUUAAUAGUUCAAAAAAUAACCAGAAUAGUAACAAAAACAAAAGUAACCAAAAUUCGUCAAAAAAAAAAUUAGUUUACACCCAGCAAAUUCCCCCAGUAUUCACUGAACAAAAAAUUAUGGAACAGUAUUAUAGAACUUUAGAACAUUCUCAUCGCCAUGGCAAUAAUGCUAAUGUUCAGUGGCUAAUUCCUCCACAACUUCCUCCCCAUUUAGAAAACGUCAUUUUGAAUAGCUACAGCAAUCGAGAAAAUAAUAGAGAAAAUGCAUCGGGCUCUUUGCCUAUUCCAAAUCAUGUUGUUUUAAACCAUCUAGCCACAACCAGUAUCAAGCAAAACACUUUGGCCACUGCCAUCACUGUCAGAUACCAAAAUAAAUAUUUAUCCCAGCUUUAUUAUGCUCCUUUAUAGUACACACCCAGAAUCAAAUGCAUGGCUUUCAAUUGGACUGGAAUGAAAACAGCUGCUUGGUCAACCAUUCAUCUUAUAUAAUCAUCUCAAUAAAUCUUUCUACUCUUUUUUUCUCUCUUUUGUGUGUUUAAUUUUUUUUUCAGUUUAAUUUUUGUUUUAGUUAAUUUUCUC